AUGGGUGAUACCCAAUCGUCCAUCAUAGAAGAAUCAGAGAGAGAAUACGAAUUGAACGAGUUGAAAGAAAUGAACUCAGAUGCCCCCCUAACCGAUGUGAGUGUCCUUCGGGACAAUUACAAGCUGAAUGGGUCCCAUGGAUCUGCCGAUCACACAAUGGAAACGACCAUGUUGUCGCUUGACGACAGCCUUGGAGGAGUUUCCGACUAUUCUGAGUCUCCACACACACCAUCUGGAAAAAGAUUAGAAGAUGUUCUAUCUUUGAUUCCAUCAGAUAGCGUGCCUUCGAAGGCUCGCCUGGAUAGCGCCGUCAAGCCAUCUGCCAAUAAGGAAGGUGCCAUUCAGAGAGCUAGGAAAGAGCGAGCGUCAAUUGAAAAGAGACUCGCCGAAAGACUCAAGAAGCUUGCUGCCAGAGAAGCCGCCGCCCACGCUGCUGAAGAAGACAGUCUAACAGCGAAUACGAACGAGUCUCAAACGGCCGGCGUGUCAAAGGAAGAGAUGAAGGUGCUCCAAGCCAACUAUAGCAUCGAAAAGAACCGUUUUGAGAAGGAGACCGAGUUACUUGCCCGCAAGUGCGAGAAUCAACGAGAGGCAUUGGAUCGCAUUGCCAAGGAGCACAUGACUGCCAUCGUUGCCGAGUACGAGAAGAAGCAAAAGCUGAUGGAAAAUAUUGAACUCUUGAAGGUCAAGCAUUAUCAGACUCUCAGUGCUGCACAGCACGAGAAAGAUUCCAUGGUCAGAAAGAUGAAGGCUCAACAAUACAAGAUUGAACAGCUGGAAGAUCAACAAGUCAAGGACAUGCAACUGAUGCUCGAACAAGAGAAGAUUCUCGAGGCCGAAAAGGCUGCUCUUGAAUCUCGUGAAGAGCAUUUGAGCCGAGCUCUUGGAGAAAAGGGGAGAGUUUCUUCCAAGCUCUUUAUUCUCCAGCAGACUAUGGAGCAAAAGGAAAUGGAGUACAAGAUGGCAUUGGAAGACGAGCGAGCAGCUAUUACCAAAAGAGAAGAAGAGAUGAGCCGAACUCUUACUGCCAAGGGCAAGCUCAUGUCGGAACUCUUCAACUUAAAGAAGACUCUUAGAGAGAAGGAGAUAGAACACAAGGCAGCCCUAGAAGCCGAACAUGCCGCUACUCUCAAGCGCGAAGAGGAAAUGAGCCGCACACUCCAAGCCAAAGGAAAACUAAUGUCCGAGGUCUUCAACCUCAAGCAAUCCUCUGCCAAAAGGGAGACUGAACUCAAGACUGCCCUGGAUAAGGAACAAGCAGCCUUGGCCAAGCGCGAAGAAGAAAUGAGUCGCACUUUAGCGGCAAAGGGAAAGCUUUCUUCUGAGGUUUUCAACCUGAGGCAAACUCUGGCCAAGCGCGAGGCGGAGCUGGAGAAGGAAUUGAGAAUUGAACGAGCAGCUCUUGCCAAGCGAGAAGAAGAAAUGAGCCGCACUCUUGCUGCCAAGGGAAAACUCAUGUCGGAGCUUUUCAACUUGAAGCAAAAGUACUCAAAGAUGGAAAAGGAGUUCACGGAGGCAUUGGAGACUGAACGAGCAGCGACAGCGAAACGAGAAGAGGAAAUGAGCCGCACACUCGAAGCCAAGGGAAAACUCAUGUCCAAGGUGUUUAACCUAGAGAAAAGCCUUCGAGACAAGGACGAAGAGGUAAAGAAGGCUGUUGGCGAGGAAGCCGCAAAGCGUAUAAAGCGCGAGGAAGAGAUGAGCGCCGCUCUCGUUGCCAAGGGUAAGCUUUCUUCCGAACUCUUCAACUUGAAGCAGUCCUCCCAGAAGAAGGAAGCUGAAUUGACCAAGGAACUGGAAACGAAAAAAGCCGCCCUGGAAAAGAGAGAAGAAGAAAUGAGCCGCACACUCCAAGCCAAGGGAAAACUCAUGUCCGAGGUCUUCAAUCUCCGACAAUCGUCCUCCAAGCAAGCUACUGAAGAUGCAGCAGCAAUCAAGUCUGCCCGUGCUACCAUUGCCAAGCGGGAGGAGGAGAUGAGUCGUACUCUUGAAGCCAAGGGGAAAAUGUCUUCAAAGAUCUGGCAUUUGCAACAAGCCAUCCGAAAGAAAGAGGAGGAAUACGAAGAUGCUUUGUAUGAUGAACAGGACAAGGUCGCCGCUUUGAAAAAAGAACUUGAGGAAGCCCAAAAUAAUCACGCGGCCCAAGUUCGCGACUUUGAGAAGGAAAUCGACCAACUCAAGACUCACCUCACCGAGCAUCAGGAGAAAAUCAAGGAACUGGAAGCCGAGUACAAGGUGAUUGCCAGUGUCCACCGUGACCGUAUUGACAACCUUGAGAGUGAGGUUGCUGAGCUCAAAGAGCACCAUGAAGCCCAACUCAAGCGUGUUGAACGCGAAAACGAAAAGCUCAAGCGAGAGCUUCUCGAUUUCGAUGAAGAACUGGGCAAGGAGAUCAUUGAAAGGAAUUCCAAAGAGCGUGCUGAUGAGUAUGAACGCGAGAUGACAGAAGCCAAGGCGAAAAACGAGGCAAUGAUAGCCCAAAUCAAGGCAAACGAAGAAGAACUCGAGAAAGCUCGAUCGGAGUACUCUGACAAGCUGAAUGCAAAGGAAGAAGAACUGAGCAAUCUGUCGAAACACAUGGAUGCCAUGAAGACAGCCCAUCAAAACCAAGUCACAAGUUUGCACGCCAUUUACAAGAACCAAAUUGCAGCAAGCCAAGACCAAGCGAAGGAUCUGAAGGCCGAGGUGAAGAAUCUUCAACACGAAACAAAUGAUCUUCGAAGGGGGUGCAAGUCGCAGCAAGACGAAAUUGUUCAGAUCAAACAAAAACAACAAGAAGCUGAGAAAGCCCAUGGGGAGGAGAAGAACGAACUCAAGAUGCAAGUGGGCUCUUUGCAACAACAAAUAACUGCAACUAAUAUGAUUCAAGAGCGAAUGUUGAGUGCCGAGAAGGCGCAAACCAAGCGGUUGACAGUCGAGUUGAGUGAAGUUGAAAAUGCUCGAAAAAGUGAUGCUCGCGCCGCAAAGGCUGAGAAAGAAGCUCUCGAACACGAGCUGUCUCACGAGAAGUCUCGGGUGGAUGAACUCAAUACCGUCGUGGCCAAUGAAAAGAUUGCCCACGAUGCCUUAACCCAAGAGCUUUCGGACAUGCAAUUGGCUCACCACAAGUUGUCUGCUGAGUACGCCGAAAUUUCUGCAGUUGCAGAAGCAAGCGAGACGAAGCUAGCGUCAGCUUUGGCAAAGCUCGAGGAUUUGGGAUCGGCUGUGAAGACCCUUGAAAAUGAAAAGAGCAACCUUCUCAGCAGCCUCGAGAAGCAAGAAGCAGGUGUCGAGGAGUUGCGCCGUGAGCACGAAGCUGCUUUGUCCAAGGAAAUUGGGGAGAAGAAGAACUUAGCAGCCAGGUUGAAAUCUUUGACCGAAGAAUCGUGCGAGUUGAGCUAUGCCAAACAACGUCUUGUUGAGACUAAGGAGGACCUUGAGACUAAGAUUCUUUCCCUCCAAGGUGAAGUUCGAGCGACGAGAUUCUUGAAUGAUAUGUUUGUUGGACAGAAGGAGAAGGUCGAAACAAGCUUGAAAGAGCUGCGUGGGGAAUUUGAAACUUCAAAUGCCGAGAAAGAUCAGCUGGUUGUCGAGAAGGAAGACUUGCUGCAGCAAAUCAACAGCCUCCAAGAGCAAGUUGCGGCAUCCGCAUCUGACAAGGACAAGAUUAUUGAAGCGGAACAAGAGAAGAUCAAGAAUCUGAGCGAAACUCUCAAGACUGUUACCAGUGAGCGCGAAGCCGAAGCUGCUGCUGCCCAAAGUGAGAAGCAGGCUCUCGCUGAUCAAGUUGCGAGCCACGAGGCCAAACUUGCCGAGGUGAAAAGUGCACUUUCUAUUGAACAAGAAAAGCAGAACGCCUUGACAAAACAAUUGAAUGACGUCCAAGCUACAUUCCAGAAGUUGCAAGUCGAUUAUGACGAUUUGGUCGCAACUCAUGAAGAAGGCAAGAAGGCACAAGAGGAGAAAGACUCUAUCGUCGCAAAGCUUCAAGCUGAAUGCGACGAAAUGGCAGCUGCUGUCGAAGCAAGCAAGAAGGCUCAAGAAGAAAAAGAAAUGAUCAUUUCGAAACUUCAAGCUGAUUAUGACAAGACUGUAGCCGCUGUUGAAGCGAGUAAGAAGUCUCGAGAAGAGAAGGAUUUGGUCGUUUCGAAGCUUCAAGCUGAAUUCGACGACAAGGUGGCAGAAUUGGAAGCAAGCAAGACGGCUGCCGAAGAGGCCAAGGCUUCCAUGGUUUCAAAUCUUCAAGCCGAAUACGACAGCAAGCUGGCGGAAUUGGAAGCAAGCAAGAAGGAUGCAGAAGAGGCCAAGGAUUCUGUCGUUUCAAAGCUCCAAGCUGACUACGACAGCAAGGUCGCGGAAUUGGAGGCGAGCAAGAAGGCCGCCGAAGAAGCAAAGGAGACGGUCGCAUCGCGAAACUUGGAUUUGAAAACGGAAGAUGCCACCGCAGUAAAGGUAGAAACUACAGCAGCUUCCAAGGCAGGCCGUUUCUUGGUUGCUACUCUUGUCCUUCUUUUGAUUGGCAAGGUAGUCAUGCUGGAAUCCAGCAAGUCUGAAAUGCAGCGUGUAUUGCAAGGUACUACAUCUUCCUGGCAGAGUGCACAGGACCAACUUCGAGAAACAGAACAGUUGGCACUUGAAACGAAAGAAGUCUUGGCCACUAUGGAACAACAAAAGUUAGUUGUCGAGUCCGAGCUUGUGAAUGUUGAAGAGAUGCUUCAUGAGCUGCAACUGAAAGCAGAAAAGAAGAAGGGAGGGCUUCCAAAACAACUUCCAAAACAAAUUGGUAAGGUGAUUCAGUUUGCUGGUGAGAAGUUUCGACCAAAAGAACCAGUGGCUACCAACGAUCUUGCAAACAGUAUGCAGGGUGCUUGGUUGAAUCUUUAG